UAAAAAUUUAAUAUAUAUAUAUAUAUAUAUAUAUAUAUAUAUAUAUAUAUAUAUAUAUAUAUAUAUCUUAAAUUAAUUCAAAGCUUUAUAGUAAAUGUCUAAAAGUCCAUCCAUCCAUUUUUUACCGCUUAUUUCCAAAUGAUCUUUUAAGCCCUUUUUGCCAACGAGUUAUGGCAAAAACCCAAAACAUGCAAUAUUUUACCUAAAAAUAUUUCAUAGUGGAAUAUUUGAUGUGAAGUAAUUGGAGCCUGAAAUAGGUCAAUAAUUAACUAUUGAUUUUAUUUAUUUUUUUGAGCAAUGACAGUUAAAAAAUUUUAAAUAAUAUUUAAAAAAUCCACUACAUUUCUUGGGGAUACAAAAGCGCCCCACUCAUAAAAGUGUUAAAUAUAUACAUUAUUUUAAAUAAUAAAAGAUGUAAAAAUGUUAAAAAAUGUGUGUUAUCUUAAAUUAAUUCAAAGCUUUAUCGUAAAUGUCUAAAAGUAAAAAAUAAAAACAGAAAUUAUCUUUUAAGUCCUUUUUGCCAAACAGUUAUGACGAAAACCCAAAACAUGCAAUAUUUAACCCCCAAAAAUAUUUUUAUGUGAAGAAAUGGAGCCUCAAAUAGGUCAAUAAUUCACUAUUGAUUUAAAUUAUUUUUUUCAGCAAUGACAGUUAAAAAAAUAAAAUUGAAUUAAAAAAACAGUCUGCAUGGCAGUUUUUUAUUCCACUUUUUGUUGUUGUUUUUAAGACGUAAUUGUCAGGAGGUGUCAUGGUGGAGUACGUCAAUAAAAUGAGGUUCAACGUGCGCGGCUGAAUGAGUUAAAGCUGAAAGGAGAGCACGUAAACAAUGAGCGGCAAGGAGAUGAUGCGCCGCUCGUCGCCACGGUGACGGAGUGAGUAGGCGGGGCUGUGAGGUCUUUGCAGGCUGCAGACUCUCCGCCAGUGUGGAGCGUUGGCGAGGGAGGGAAAGAAGCACGCCGGCGCCGCUCUGAGCUCUCUCUUGUCUCUCCUGCUCGCCUCGCCUGGUUGGCAGCAUCCAGCCUCCGCCCGGGUCUCCUCGUAAGCCCGCCCUGCCCUUUUGUCCCGCCCGCCGCCCCCAUGAUGAAGGAGGAGGGCCUGCUGGGGCGUCGCCGGUUCUCCACGUGCAGCGGCACGGCCUCGCUGCGACCGCCGCACCCGGACGGACGCAAACUGAUCCGCAACGCCUCCUUCGGGGGCUACAACGAGCUGUCGCCCGCGUCGCUGCCAGGUUUCGAGAGAGGGAAAGAAGACCUUUUGUCUCUGCCUUUGAAAGAGGACUCCAUUUCCAUCUCUAAAAGCAAGUCUGAGAGCAAGCUCUACAACGGCUCGGACAAAGAUGUGUCAGCAACGGCCGGAGGCAAGCUCACCAAGAAGGAGUCCCUCAAGGUGCAGAAGAAGAACUACAGGGAGGAGAAGAAGAGAGCAACCAAAGAGCUUCUCAGCACCAUCACGGACCCUUCUGUCAUCGUCAUGGCCGACUGGCUGAAAAUCCGCGGAACCUUGAAAAGUUGGACCAAGCUGUGGUGCGUCCUGAAGCCAGGCGUGCUGCUCAUUUACAAGACCCACAAGAACGGGCAGUGGGUGGGCACGGUGCUGCUCAACGCCUGCGAGCUCAUUGAGAGACCCUCCAAGAAGGACGGCUUCUGCUUCAAGCUCUUCCACCCUCUGGAACAAUCCAUCUGGGCCGUCAAGGGUCCUAAAGGAGAGGCGGUGGGAUCCAUCACUCAGCCGUUACCCAGCAGCCACCUCAUCUUCCGCGCCGCUUCUGAGUCUGAUGGCCGAUGCUGGAUGGACGCCCUGGAGCUGGCGCUGAAAUGUUCCAGCCUGCUGAAAAGAACCAUGAUCCGGGAGGGGAAGGAAGACCUGGGCACUGUGGCCACUGGAGGUGACCAUUCGCUGAACUUCUACAGCCUCCUGCGUGCACACAACAUGCACGGCUUCCAGUUCAAUGACAGCGACCACUUGAAAGACCCGGACCUUUACUCGGACAAGUCGGACCGGGAGGGGGAGCCGGACCACGAGGAGUCGGACCCGGAAGGUUUGGAGAAGAGCGAGGAGAGCGACAGCGACACGUCGGAGCGGCAAGACGACUCGUACGUGGACCUGGACCCCAACGAACAUGUGCGGGAAACCUUGUACCUGGAGCAGUCGCACGAGGAACUGGGAGAGGCCGGUGAGGCAGCCCAGACAGAGACGGUGUCGGAGGAGAACAAGUCCUUGAUCUGGACUCUACUGAAGCAGGUGCGGCCCGGUAUGGAUCUGUCUAAGGUGGUGCUGCCCACUUUCAUCCUGGAACCCAGGUCCUUCCUGGACAAACUUUCAGACUACUACUACCAUGCAGACUUCCUCUCAGAGGCCGCGGUGGAGGAGAACGCCUACAACCGCAUGAAGAAGGUGGUCAAGUGGUACAUCUCUGGCUUCUACAAAAAACCAAAGGGCUUGAAGAAGCCGUACAAUCCCAUCAUCGGGGAGACCUACCGCUGCCUGUGGCUCCACCAGAAGACCUCCAGCAAGACCUUCUACAUCGCGGAACAGGUGUCCCACCAUCCCCCCGUGUCGGCCUUCUACGUCAGCAACCGGAAGGAUGGCUUCUGCCUGAGUGGGAGCAUCCUGGCCAAGUCCAAGUUCUACGGGAACUCCUUGUCGGCCAUUUUAGACGGCGAGGCCAGGCUCACCUUUCUGAACCGAGGAGAAGACUACGUGAUGAACAUGCCGUAUGCGCACUGCAAAGGCAUCCUGUACGGCACCAUGACACUGGAGUUAGGCGGUCAGGUGACCAUCGCCUGUGAGAAGACAGGAUACAGUUCUCAGCUGGAAUUCAAACUCAAGCCGUUCCUGGGCAGCAGCGAUUGCGUCAAUCAGGUGUGCGGCAAGAUCAAGCUGGGCAAGGAAGUGUUGGCCACGCUGGAAGGACACUGGGACAGUGAGAUCUUCAUCAACGACAAGAAGACGGGAACAAUGGACACCUUCUGGAACCCCUCCCCGGACCUGAGGCAGAGUCGCCUCACCCGCUGCACCGUGCCCCCAGAGGAGCAGGGCGAGUUUGAGUCAGAGAGACUGUGGCAGCAGGUGACGCGCGCCAUCGUCAACAAGGACCAGACCGAAGCCACCAACGAGAAGUUCAUCCUGGAGGAGAGUCAGAGGAAGUCUGCACGGGAGAGGAAAGCCAAAUGUGAAGACUGGAUCCCCACUCUGUUUGAGCAGGACUCCAUCACUGGGGAGUGGCAUUAUAAAUAUGCUGACACCAGACCGUGGGACCCCCUCAACGACUUGAUCCAGUUUGAAAAGGAGGGCUGCAUCCAGACCAAGGUCCGACACCGCACCCCCAUGGUACGUUCUGGCAGUCUUAUUAGUCUGAGUAACCAGGGGUCGCGGCGGGACAAUUGCAAGUGCCAGGUGACGGUGCCAAAGCGCAAACACAAGAGUGACAAACCUAAAAGCCCAGAAAGUGGCUGCUCUUCCCCUGAACUUGACCGCCAGGACUCCUCUGGAAGUGAGCGACACAAAAGUAAACACAACAGUCGUCUGCGUAAGAAGGGAACUGACCUGCUGGAACUACAAAAUGCCAUCGAGUCCAUCAGGCGGACACAGGAUGACAUCAACAGGAGUAUGAGCGUGCUGCGAAGUCGCACCGCGGGCCGAGCGGACGGCGCCUCCUUCCUGCAGCAGCGGGAUUACAUCGUCAUGGUGGCUCUUAUCCUCCUGCAGGUUCUCAUCCACUACUUCUUCAAGUAGCAGCCGUGACACACCUGGCUCAUCACCUACUCCAAAUGUGGCUUGCGGACUCUUUUUUUUUUUAUUAUUUUUUUUUUUUGGUUUCCCUCUUUUAGCCACAAAGUCAUGACAGCGUCUUCAAUUUAUUUGAAACUUGAAACAAAAUAUAUUUUUAUUAAGCACUCCAUUCCAAAAUACUAUUUUUAAGUGGAGAGCACGGCCGUUUUUUUUUUUAACAAGAGUGGAACUACUUUGUUGCUGUUGUUUACCUGGAACACACACACACACAUAUAUAUAUAUAUAU